UCAAUAUCACACGUGCGAGCAAGAGCCUUUCACACAUGACCUUCCUUCGAUCUAUUCUAUCAUCACUUUCUAUUCACCGGAAACUUAGCCGGCGAACUAAUCAAAUCAACCGAGAAAGCAAACCUCACGAUCCAUCACCUCCUCCACACCUUCCUUCAGAGAUGUAUAAUAACAACAACAUGGGACCUCAGCCUCAGGCAGUUCCUCAGCAGCCCAACCCUUUUGGCAAUGCCUUCUCUGGCCCUGGCUCUGGCCUUAUCAGAAGUGGCUUGGGUGCCUAUGGGGAGAAAAUAUUCGGAUCCAGCUCUGAGUAUGUGCAGAGCAACAUAACUCGUUACUUCUCCGAUCCUCAAUACUAUUUUCAAGUGAAUGAUCAAUACGUGAGGAACAAGUUGAAGAUUGUUCUGCUUCCUUUUCUUCACAGGGGACACUGGGCUAGAAUCUCAGAGCCAGUUGGUGGUAGACUUUCAUACAAGCCUCCGUUGUAUGAUAUUAAUGCGCCAGACUUAUACAUUCCGCUCAUGGCCUUUGGCACCUAUCUUGUUCUUGCUGGUUUCUCACUAGGUCUCUAUGGCAAGUUCUCUCCGGAAGCGCUGAACUGGCUUUUUGUGAAAGGAAUGGUUGGAUGGUUCUUCCAAGUCAUGCUGCUGAAGAUGACAUUGUUUUCACUGGGUAGUGGAGAAGCACCGCUCUUGGAUAUUGUGGCGUAUGCUGGCUAUGCUUUCACGGGUCUAUGCUUAGCUGUUCUUGGCAAGAUCAUGUGGGGAUACUCUUACUAUGUUUUGAUUCCGUGGACAUGCUUAUGCACCGGUGUUUUCUUAGUGAAGACGAUGAAGCGAGUUCUCUUUGCUGAAGCUAGGAGUUAUGACUCGAGCAGGCAUCACUACCUCUUGAUCUUUGUAGCUCUGGCUCAGUUCCCUCUUUUGAUCUGGCUUGGUAACAUUAGUGUCAAUUGGCUCUUUUGAAAUGCAUUGUGUUGUGAAAAAAACAGUUAUGAGUUGUUAUUUUUGGUUUUGAAUGUCAAUUUUUUUUUUCAUAGAGUA